UCCGGUUUCUCUGGGCGCUCAGGGAGCUGACGGAGAGGGCCGCCGCCCAACAGUAGACGCUGUCUCCGCCGGCCCAGCCGCGGUCUCCGGUGUGUGAGUGAGCCCGGGCCUGGUCCCCUCUCCCUCCGCCGCCAUGGGCUGCACUUUGAGCGCCGAAGACAAGGCGGCGGUGGAGCGAAGCAAGAUGAUCGACCGCAACUUGCGGGAGGACGGGGAGAAAGCGGCCAAAGAAGUGAAGCUGCUGCUACUCGGUGCUGGAGAAUCUGGUAAAAGCACCAUUGUGAAACAGAUGAAAAUCAUUCAUGAGGAUGGCUAUUCAGAGGAAGAAUGUAAGCAAUAUAAAGUAGUUGUCUACAGCAAUACUAUACAGUCCAUCAUUGCAAUCAUAAGAGCCAUGGGACGGCUAAAGAUUGACUUUGGGGAAGCUGCCAGAGCAGAUGAUGCCCGGCAAUUAUUUGUUUUAGCUGGCAGUGCGGAAGAAGGAGUCAUGACUCCAGAAUUAGCAGGAGUGAUUAAACGGUUAUGGCGAGACGGUGGGGUGCAGGCUUGCUUCAGCAGAUCCAGGGAAUAUCAGCUCAAUGAUUCUGCUUCAUAUUACCUAAAUGAUUUGGAUAGAAUAUCCCAAACCAACUACAUUCCAACUCAGCAAGAUGUUUUGCGGACAAGAGUGAAGACCACAGGCAUUGUGGAAACACAUUUCACUUUCAAAGACCUGUACUUCAAGAUGUUUGAUGUAGGUGGCCAAAGAUCAGAACGAAAAAAGUGGAUUCACUGUUUUGAGGGAGUGACAGCAAUUAUCUUCUGCGUGGCCCUCAGUGAUUAUGACCUCGUUCUGGCUGAGGAUGAGGAGAUGAACCGAAUGCAUGAAAGCAUGAAACUGUUUGACAGCAUUUGUAACAACAAAUGGUUUACAGACACUUCGAUCAUUCUGUUCCUCAACAAGAAAGAUCUUUUUGAGGAAAAAAUAAAGAGGAGUCCAUUAACUAUCUGUUAUCCAGAAUACACAGGUUCCAAUACAUAUGAAGAAGCAGCUGCUUACAUUCAGUGCCAGUUUGAAGAUCUGAACAGAAGAAAAGAUACCAAGGAGAUCUACACCCACUUCACCUGUGCCACAGACACCAAGAAUGUGCAGUUUGUUUUUGAUGCUGUUACAGAUGUCAUCAUUAAAAACAACUUAAAGGAAUGUGGACUUUAUUGAAGAGUGUGGAUGUUAAAUAGAAGUUAUUACAGUGUGGAGUGUUGAGACCAGACUUCUUUUGCUGUCUCAUUGGGCAGCUGCAAGCAUGAACGGGACCAGGGAAUGGCAGCGGCAUGCAGAAUCUUAGUACUCUUUAGCACAAUCUUCUGUAUUAGGGAACUCUUAAUUGACAUGAGAUGCUAAAGUCAGACAUUGGAAUUGGAACAACUGUAAAGUAUGAUUUGAUCAUGAAGACAUCACUUGGAUUUCACAAUCUCAAAUGUUUAGGGCAGAUGUCAAGUUGAGGUGCUGCAUUCCAGAACUUCAAUAUGUAGCUUACUCUUUUUUUUUCCUUCUUGACAAACCACCAGUAGUUCAUUUUUUAAGUUGUUUUUUGUUGUUUAUUUUUUUUUAUCAAGGGAAGAAUAACUUCACUAAAUUUUAUUUCUUUGUAAAAGAAUCUUUAUUAAAACACAAACAGUCUUAACUAUGCACAUGAUGUGACCAGAUCAUCUUGAAAAUUUUCCUUUUAGUAGGAACUCCUUGUUUUUAACUCUUGGUAUGGUCAGAAUAUAAUAUUUCCAUAAUUGCUUAAUUCUUUACAAUUAUUGGGGCUCUAAUUAUAGCUUUUUUGGAUGAAAUUUAUGUUACUAUUCCUGUUCAAAGUACCAUUAUGGUUUCUAAAUGGUAAUUACAUUGAAGAAUUCUGUAGUAAGAUUCCAGCUCUUUUUUUAAGCUUAUGGUUGAAGGUUAACCUGGUUUAUGCUGAUUACCAAAUUACUAGAUAAAUGCUGAUGUAGUAUGAUAAAGUCAGCUUCUUGGAUACAGACGCACCCAGGGCAGCUGCCAGUUAGAAAUGCAAAUUGCUAAAUUCCAAACAGAACCAGUGUGACUUUGCUGCUACACAUCUGCUAAAUUGACCACUUCAAUUCUUGCUUGUCCGUCUCAGUCAUAGGGAGUUCUGUAAAAGAUGCCCCUUGUUUUCCAUCUUCCAUUGGCUUUUUCUGUUGGGAAACAUCUAAAGUGUAUUAACAGUGCAUGCCUUUACUUUGUAAACAUGGUGCCAAAUCCCUGUUUGCCAUUGUUUUUAUUGUAGCAAUGUUCAUUGUAGUAAUCCUUAGUCAGUACCUUCUUUUGCUGAAACCAUUGAUUUGGGGACUUUUUUUCCACUUUGUUGUGUGUACAGAUUUUAAUCUGUUAUAGUUGGCAGCAGUAUUAAAAUGGUGAGUAAAGAGUC